AACGGAGUGUUCAAAGUUGAACAUAAGUCCAAAAUUGCCAAAAUCGCGAAACCUUCUUGACAUAUAGCUCAACAAUCCUAUAGUGGCCAAACACCCAUAAAUUUGCAUCUAAUAGCUGGACUAAUGGAUACCUCAGGUGCUCAAGAAUAUGACAGAUUGCAAGAAUUGAAGACUUUUGAUGAAACAAAAGCUGGUGUAAAGGGAUUAGUUGAUUCAGGAUUGCAAAAAAUUCCCCAGAUUUUUGUGAGACCAGCUGAAGAACUGGCUAAAGAUUUGAAUUACAAGAGGGCUCAAAUUGAAGUUCCUGUGAUUGAUUUGGGAGAUCUGGAGAAAACCCAUAGGCAUAAACAGAUUGUAGAAGAAGUGAGGAUUGCAUCAGAAACAUGCGGAUUUUUCCAAGUGGUGAAUCAUGGGAUAUCCUUGAAUGUGCUCGAUGAAAUGCUUGAUGCAAUACAGAAAUUUAAUGAGCAGGAUGUUGAGGAGAAAAAGAAAUACUACACGCGGGAUAACACGAGAAGGGUGAGAUUUAACAGCAAUUUUGAUUUGUUCACAUCAAGGACUGCUAGCUGGAGGGACUCAUUGGCUAUUUCAUUUUCAGAUCCUGAUCAGAUUAAUUCUGAUGACUUGCCAGAUUUAUGUAGAAAGUCAGUUAUAGAGUACUCAAAACUCGUCAAUAACUUGGGAAAUAUUCUGUUUGGAUUACUAUCGGAGGCUCUUGGACUCGAACCUGAGCACCUAAGAAACAUGGACUGUUCUGAAGGGCACCGUCUUACUUGUCACUAUUAUCCAGCGUGCCCUGAACCAGAACUCACUCUAGGAAUCACAAAGCAUUCAGAUCCUGGAUUUCUCACCGUUCUUCUACAAAACCAAAUCGACGGUCUCCAGAUUUUCUUCCAAAACCAGUGGGUUGAUGUCCAGCCCAUUCCUGGAGCAUUUGUAAUUAAUAUUGGGGAUCUUCUCCAGCUGGUAUCCAAUGGAAAAUUCAGAAGCAAUAAGCACAGAGUGGUUGCCAAUCGUCUUGGGCCAAGAAUUUCCAUAGCACGCUUUUUCUCUGGUCCUAUACACAUGGAUAAGAUUUUCUAUGGCCCCAUUAAAGAGUUGAUAUCAGAAGAAAAUCCUCCCGAAUACAAAGAGGUCUUGUUGAGUGAUUAUUUAAUGAAAUUUAUCACUAGUGGACUUGACGAGAAUUUUCUUGUUAAUUAUUGCAAGAGAUGAAGAUGGCAAGUGAAGAGGCGUUGUUUCGUCACCUGCACUUGUGAAUGGCCUGUUUUCAGAGCGUUGGCUUGUGAAAAUUCCUGAGAACGAAAGAAAUUUUAUGUAAUUAAAUAAAUAAUAGAUAUUUGAAGUUUGUGUUGAAUAAAUGCGUGACAGUGUGUAUUGCUUCGUUUGCAACUCAAUAAUGUGUAAUUAAUAAUAAAUGAAGUUGAACAUUUGUUUGAUAUUUCAA